AUGAGCGCGUCUCUGGAGCGUCUGGUGGCUCAGAAGAAGGAGGCCAUCGAGGCGGUGAUGGACAUGCUGGAGCGAGGAGCUGAGGUUCUCGCCAGCACCGUGGGCGAGUUCUUCCCCCUGUGCGAGGCCGCCGCCCCCCUGCUCCGCCUCGCCCUCGACAACGUCCAGAGCAAAGAGGUCCUCUACGUCAAAGAGCAGUUCCUGACGGUGAGGAAGCAGCUGGACCUUCUCUCCUCUCAGCUCCAGGACAUCGACGCCGAGCUGCAGAGGGCCAGGCUGGACGCGCAGUACUUCUCUGUGGAGGAGAACAUCAGGAACCAGUUCAGGAAGUACAUGGACAUCCUGGAGGCCAAGCCACAGUUCAGGGAGGUGAAGACCAGACUGUUCCUGGAGCACUUCUCCAAGAGCGGAGGAGACAAGAACCUGCACGUGCUCUACAACGCCAUGAUGGGGACCAGUCUGUUCGGGGAGUCGGUGCUGGAGCUGGUGGACAGUUAUCUGGCCCAUCACCGGCGCCUCCUGGAGGACUUCUGCGUGCGCAUGAAGGAGCUCUUCUGCCUGGGCCUGAUCGCUCUGCUGGGGCACUGCGCCCUGACGCGGGGCCCUGAGGACGAGGACGAGCUGGUCCGGGAGUGGAGCUCCAGGAUGGAGGAGGUGGAGGCCAAGAUGAAGGACACCGUCGCCUCGUGCGUCGCCGCCUUCCCGGAGCAGGCGAAAGAGGACGCCCAGCGCUUCCUCCAGCAGAGCCCCGAGGACGAGGAGCUGCAGCAGGUGGCCGAGGCGCUGCUCCAGGUCCUGCUGAAGAAGUUUGACUGGGUGAGCUGGUCGGUGCGGGUCAUCAAGUGCUCGAGCAGCGCGUACCGGAGCUGGAGGGCGGGCGAGCACUUCCACCACAUCAGCGGGGACGCCUGGUUCGAGGUGCCGCCCGUCAGACACCUGCUCCUGGUGGUGUCCUACAGCGGCGACCCCAAACCCGUGCCCAAGCAGAGCGUCCGCGAGCUGGCGGAGGCCCAGAGCCGCAGAGCCGGGCCCCUCGCGCUGGUGGAGCUCCUGACCUCGCAGCUGCAGAGCGCCCGCCUCGUGGUCCACGCCGUCACCCGCCACAAGGACUGCGCCGCCGCCUGGAGCUUCAGCGACGACUGCCACUACUGGGAGAGACACAAGGGCGGCGCUCUGUGUGUGCACGCAGAGUGA